AUGUCUGCUGCUGAUAUUAGUGUGGUUAAGAGUAAUAGUAAUAAGAAAAGUAGAAGAAGAAAGAAAAGAAGAACAGCCGAUGUUUCAGACUCUUCAUCGUCAGAUUCAUCAUCUUCAUCAGAUAACGAAGUGGUAAUGGAUGAAGAAAUUCAGAAGGAAGAUAAGGAGAUUGAGGUUUCUGAUGUGGAACUAUCUGAUAAAGAGAAGGAAUCUGUCUUGAAAGAGGAGUUGGAUGAUACCACAAAGGAUAAGUUGAGUAAUAUAUCGUUUACCAAAACAGAAUUAAUAACACAGAAUAAAAACAUAGGUAGAGAUAAUUUCGAUUUCAAGAAGAUUAGUGCUACGCUGGAAGAUGGCAAGCAAAAAUUAUUUGAAAGGGAAGAAACAAAUAAAAAAUUAAAAAACGACUACUUAGGAUUGCUCUUCGAAAGUUAUGGUGAUGAUAUCAAUGCAGUGAGAGAAUCUAGCGAUUUUACCAAUAAAUCCCUGGUACUCUUGGCUAAUGUACUCAAAGAAGGUUCGAAUAUGUUCGAUACAGAUACUUUGAAAACCAUAUUAGAGAAAAAAUAA